AUGUUAGAGGACAAAGAACAGAGGAGAAAAGAAACUGCUGUAUUACUUCAUUAUCAGUCACACUUUACAAGUGAAGGNCAGUUCAUCAUCCAAUCCUCUGUGAAGGGUCCAAAACAUAUUGAUACAAGAGUUGAAUCAUUCCUCGAGAUGUUUGGAAGUAAACUUUAUGAGAUGACUAGUGAACAAUUCAAGAGCAACGUGAAUACCUUGAUUGAUAUGAAGUUUGAGAAGCACAAGAAUCUAAGGGAAGAAUCCAGAUUCUACUGGCGAGAGAUUUCCAAUGGGACCCUCAAAUUUGAUAGGAGGGAAGCUGAGGUUGCAGCUUUAAGGCAGCUUACACAAGAAGAAUUGAUAGCUUUCUUCAAUGAAUAUGUUAAAAUUGGUGCACCUCAGAAGAAGACUCUAAGCAUUCGAGUGUACGGGAACCAACAUGCAUCUGAGUACACAUCAGACAACAGCAAAUCAGUUGAGCCUACUGUCGUUCACAUUGAUGAUAUUUUCAGUUUCAGAAGAUCACAACCUCUUUAUGGUUCAUUCAAGGGAGGUUUUGGUCAAAUGAAGUUGUAGGAAGUUGGAAUCUUCCAUCCGAGCUGUUUGUAAAGAAAACUUAAGGGUUGCAGGUGGAAAGAUGGCUGCUCCCAACCCUAAACAAUAAUGAAGAAAAUUGGAGAUUUGUAAAAAGCUUCCCAUCGAUGCUAAGCAAAAUGGUGGGUGCAAGUGCAUCACCCAUUCUUGGUCGAAUUAAGGUAUCUUUGUCGACAACAAAAUCAUGGAGCUUUUCAUCCCUUCUCCGGUUUUCAAUUGGCCUUUAUCUCAUUGUGAUAUUGAAACCUGUCAUGGUUUAGACAAUUUCAUUUUUAACCGUUUUCUAUCAUCCAAAAGAAUUGUAUUUGAAUGAGUUUCAAUCGGGUAAAUGAAUCUCUGGUUUGAGAGAUACAAGCAGGGUUCUCCAAGUACUGUAUUUCUGGCUUCUGUAACAUAUGGUAAAAUGUCUGAAACAUUUCGUUCAAUUUAAUAUUUUAAGACAUGAUGAAAUGUUCUGCUGUGUA